AUGGCGUUUGCGGAGCAGCAGAAGUGGAUCACGGUCCAGCAGAAGACCUUCACAAAAUGGUUGAACACGAAAAUCGAACCAAGGGAAUUGGUCGUUGUAGACCUGGUGAAGGACCUUAGUGAUGGAAUCGUCCUCAUCCAUCUACUCGAAUGCCUGUCGAACGAAUCCCUUGGACGGUACGCGGCGAAACCAAAAUUACGAGUACAGCGAUUCGAGAAUGCAAAUCUAUCCUUGGACUUUAUUAAGUCAAGAGGCAUACAGAUGACCAACAUUGGUGCCGAAGAUGUUGUCGACGGCAAUCGAAAGAUCAUUCUUGGUCUCAUCUGGACACUGAUUCUACGAUUCACGAUCUCGGAUAUUAAUGAAGAGGGCAUGACUGCUAAGGAGGGCCUGCUCCUCUGGUGUCAGAGGAAGACAGCUUGCUAUGAUGAGGUUGAUGUAAGAAAUUUCACGGACAGCUGGAACGACGGGCUUGCUUUCUGUGCUUUAUUGGAUAUCCAUCGACCGGACUUGAUUGACUACGAUGCACUGGACAAGGGCGACCACCGAGGGAACAUGCAAUUGGCUUUUGACAUUGCGACUAAGGAAAUAGGAAUCCCGGCUCUGCUCGAUGUGGAGGAUGUGUGUGAUGUCGCGAAGCCUGAUGAGAGAAGUUUGAUGACAUAUAUUGCUUACUGGUUCCACGCCUUCUCGCAGAUGGAGAAAGUUGAGAAUGCUGGACGACGGGUGGAGAAGUUCGUCAACAAUAUGCAAGGUGCUUGGGAGAUGGAGAGUGCGUAUGAGAGGAGAAUGAGGGAGCUGUUGAAGAAUAUCAAGGAACAAGGUGUGAGGUGGCAGGAAUCGAAAUUCGAAGGCUCGUACGUGGAUGCCAAGAAGCAAGCCACAGAGUUCAGUGCCUACAAGAGAGGCAAGAAGAGAGAAUGGGUUGCAGAGAAGAGCGACCUUGCAGCGCUACUGGGCAACAUCAAGACGAAGCUGAGCACAUACCGGCUGCGGGCCUACGAACCUCCGCCAGAAUUGAGACUGAGCGUUCUUGACGAGGAAUGGGCGAAAUUGGUAAAAGCGGAGAUUGCAAGAGGUCAACUUAUCAAUGAAACAAUUAGAGACAUCAAAAAUGCACUGCGAAGAUCCUUUGCCGAUAAAGCCAACGAUUUUGCACUCGCUCUCAAUACCAUGCAGUUGGCUAUUUCUGGGUUGGAAGGCGAUGUCGAGGAUCAGUUGACACACGUCCGACGUUUGAACGAAAGCUUAGCGCCUAUGAACCAAUAUCUGGAGAAGAUCGCAGAUAUCGACCGGAAGUGCGAGGAAGCCAACAUCGAAGAGAAUGACUUCACAACCUAUACAUAUGACGAAUUAUCCUACGAGCUUGGUCUUGUCAAGAACUCCGUCUCCAAAAAGCUUGCCUUCCUCGACAACCAAGUUGUAGCCCGUAACAUGACAAACCUUACACCAAUCCAACUCGAAGAAUUCGAAAGCGUUUUCCGACACUUCGAUCGAGACGUAACAAACAGUCUGCAAGAACUCGAGUUUAGUGCCGCGCUCGCAUCACUCGGCCUCGUAUUUAGUGAAGACGAAAUGCAUGAAUACUUCCUCGACACCUCAAACGGCAAAGAUUAUGUUACCUUUGAACAAUUCAUCCGCUUCAUGGUGGAUGUUACCGAGGACCAGAACACAGCUGAGCAAGUCUUUCAAAGUUUCCGUGAAGUAGCAGAUGGCAAACCAUAUGUCACCGAAAUGGACCUUCGACAUUCUCUUGUGCCUGACGAAGUUAUCGACAAGCUUAUCAAAGUGGUGCCGCUCCACAAAGGGCCGGAUCUGCAAGGGGAUAGAGGCAUGCCGCAAUACGACUAUAUCAGUUUUAUGGAUGGACUCAUCAGCGAUCCAAACGAGGCAGAAGAACCGGCUGCGUUGGCGGAUCUGCCGGACGGAAGGAGUCCGCAGAGGGGAGCGACAGCAGAUGUGAAGAUGAAUGGUUAUCAUUGA